AUGGGCCCACGGCCUUCGCACGUGGUACAAAGGAGCAUGACCUACAUCUUACAUCAAGAAUGGCAAGAGAGAGUUAGGGAAGAGGUGCCAAGGGAAUGCGGGAUGGGAAUUCCUAAAGCUGAUGUGCUUACCAAGUUGAAAGAGGUGAACAUGGUUCUUCUUGAGACUUUGAGGCUAUAUGGUGCAGUAAUGGAUAUGGAUAGAGAGGCAGCAAAAGAUAUAAAAUUAGGGAAUUUGAUGAUUCCAAAAGGUGUACGUGUAACAAUUCAAUUUGUGAAGAUUCAUAGGAGCAAGGAUUUUAAGGUUCAAUUAGAAGAUGAGUCGGAGACUCGACCCUUUGCAUCGCACCCUGACUUGAACUUGCCAAAGAAGUUUGGGAAUUCAGCCAUGUUCAAUGAGUCCAUAGUUAUUGCUAAAUUCCAAGGACGGCCACUUGCUGAUCAUAAAUCAGUAAAGAAUGGCAGGCCUCCUGGUGCACUUCUCCAGCCAUGUCCUCCUCUAGAUGCACCCACAGUUGCAGAGGCAAUCACUUGA